UGGUGGGCGGAGCUCUAACUCCUGCAGAGAACCAAAACACGGAACGAUUGUCAUGUUUGAGUUUCACUUUCACAAAAAAAGAAGAUGGUUGGACAUAAAUGGCGUAAGAAACAAAACCAGAAAUAACGUUUUUACGAAGCAAGAGCCCUAAAUAUUUAUUGACACUGAAAAGCCGAUUUUCUAGGAAGGCGUUGACGUAAUUUUACAAACUAAAAGUGUUUUGAUAUUUUUACAUGAAAACUGUUUUUAAUAUGAAAGUCACGUGGUAUUCUGCUUAAAUCAACAUCACAUUGUGUAAAAGCGGUAUUUCCGCGAACACAAACGCACGUGCACUGCAGUAAUUAUAGUUUAUAUUCCGUUAUUUUUUAUUUCUUUUGUCAUCAGUUUCUUUGCGUCUUCCUCGCGCCUGUCUGCUCCCCAACCUUUCCCCCAGAUCCGCGGGUUCAGCGGGUUCACUCUGACACCGCUGACUCCCAGGCCACGCCCCCAGCAGCCACGCACCCCGGUUUGGACCAAUCGCGUGCCUGUCACGUACAGCUCACGGCGCUCUCCGGCUGAGAUUGGCUGUGGCCCGCUACACCUUUGGCUGUGAUUGGCUGAGUGUUACCAGCCGCCAGACUCCUGUGAAUUUCGUUUCUGUGUGUUUUCGGAGCUUUCCUGCUCCGCAGCUGAAUCUCUGCUCCGCCGUCAGCAGCCCUUCUCCCGUGCCGCAUCUGCCUCGCGCUCGGACCUGCUCCUCCUCCUCCUCCUCAUGUUUGGCUUUGCGCAGGGGCGCUCCUGUCAGGUGGGGGGUGUGAAGGGACAGCCCGUGGAGCAGAAGCCAUGCGUUCAAUACCACGACCUGGAGGCCGCCGAGGCUCUCGUCAGCAUGAGCUUUUGGGGUCAAAAGCUGCUCAAGCCCCGCCCACUGACCCCCACUUCAGACUCAGGCGACUCCCUGCAGCUUCAGCAGGAGGGGGCGGAUGCAGCAAAGGACAUGAUCGCUCUGUCUUCUCUGUGUAUGACCCCCCCUCACAGUCCCAGCUACAGCGAGGCCUCCACCAGAACAACCUCCACCGUCGGCGCCUCCUCCGGCAGAGACGUCUUACUUUGCUCCAGUCCUGCCACCUUUUCCUCCCCCCCCAGUGACUUCCAGACCUGCCUGACUCCUCCCAGGUCCUCCCCCCUUACCUCAGAAACGUCACCACCCUCACCUCAAACUCAGCUGUCAUGCAAAGCGAUGGCCACCAGCGUCAUCCGCCACACGGCCGACAGCCUCAGCCCUGCCACGCCUGGACCCCCCACCCAACUUACAGAAACCUCCGUGCCCCCGGGUCCAGACACCCUUCCACAGGAGAAGGAUGCACUUCCCCCCUCUCCUAACAGCAACACCCCUCCUCCGUCAGCGCCCCCUCCCUCCUCUACCUCUUCCUGUUCCGCUGCAUUCCCGUCGUCUCCGGUUCUCUGCCAGGUUUUCCCGGUCAACGGCCAGACCGGGAUGAUCUCCGCCUUCGUCCAGGCGCCGGUUCAGGUGCAGGCUCAGGCGGGGACCAAGCCCAUCCUGCCCCAGACCCCCCCUCAAGGCUUUGCUCAGCCGCUGCUGGUGAGCUCGGCCGUGACUCAGGGGACGGUCAUGUUCGUGGUGCCUCAGGCCCCCAUCUCCCAACCGCAGCAGGGUCCACAAACCGUCAUGACCCUGGGCAGCACCAAGCUCCUCCCCUUAGCCCCGGCUCCAGUGUACCUGCCGUCAGGGCCGAGCGGCGCCGCCUCGCAGGCCGACUUCUUACGCAGAAGGAACUAUGUGUGCACCUUCCCUGGCUGCAGGAAGACCUACUUCAAGAGCUCCCACCUGAAGGCUCACCUGCGCACACAUACAGGUGAGAAACCGUUCAGCUGCCACUGGGAGGGCUGCGAGAAAAAGUUUGCCCGCUCCGACGAGCUUUCCCGCCACCGCCGAACCCACACAGGCGAGAAGAAGUUUGUGUGCUCUGUGUGUGACCGGCGCUUCAUGCGCAGUGACCACCUGACCAAACACACCCGCCGACACAUGACCACCAAGAGGGCGUCGUCGUGGCCUGCCGAAAACCGAGAGCUCAAAAGGUCCCUGCCCAAGGGCCCCAGCCGGAGCCCGGCGCUCGCCGUUGAGGUGACGGUCUCCCCCAACUGACCAGCUCUGGGUUUGGGCUGCAGGGCGGGCUCUCCGAUCAGCUGAGCUGUAGACGUCUGCAGACCCUUGACGCGUUUACAGAACCUCAGAACAGAGUCAGGAACCAGAACCUCAUGGACGGUUGUAAAAAGGAACUUGGACUUCGUCUUUGUCUUCAUGUCACAGUGGUUCAAGUGACCAAGCUGCCGUUUUCUGGAUUCAACACUGGGGUGUCCCAGUCUGCUCAGGACAUUUUCUUCCCACAACCAAAUACUCAAUGCAAGAAUCCCGGGGGGGUCAGGAUGCUGCUCAUUCAACAUUGCACUGGAUUUUGAAAGUCUGGCUUGUUUUUCUACUCUGCGUGUCGUCCUGUUUGCGUCGCGUGGACAAGUCCAUUUAGCCAAACGUGCACACUCCUUUUGUUUGCCAAAGCUUCUUUAUCGUGCUCAUGUUGUUAUCCAGCUUCUGUAUAGUGUCUGGCUGUAAAUACUGUAAAUACAUAUCUAUAUGAAUGUUAUGCAUACUUUCCAUGUAUUGACAGUAAUUGAUAUUUUUUAAAUGAACAGUUUUCAUUACUGUGACACUAUCUUUUAUCUUUGUUUUAAACAUUAUUAUAUACAUUUAAUGGUAUUUAAGAAGCAUUUGUUGAAGAAAAAAAGUGCAUUUUUAAUUUGGCCCAUAGUGUAGCCAGUAAGGGAAUACCUCAUGUUAUUAAAUGUUAUUCUCAUAAUAACGUCUUAUAUCAGAAUAAUCUCAUUUCUGAACGUUUGCUUGUGGAACAGUACGACUUUUGUAAUAAAACUUUACCUUGAAAGUUUG